GAUGAAUGCGCAACGAGAAUGAGCAUUCAUUUUUAAUUUUCCAUUCUUUCUUUCUUUGUUUAUGGUUAAAAAUAUUUAUUACAGCGAAAGCAAAAAACGAAGUGAUACCGAAACUGGUGUUUGAAGGAGCUUUUUUUAAAAAAGUUAUUUUAAAUUAUGACGAAAUUCUAAAAUGCGUAUUAAAGCGAAACACAAAUAGCAAAAAAAAAUGACUUGUGAAAAAGUCAAUGUGCACAGAAAGCUGCAGCACAGCCGCUGUUGCCGGAUCGUUGCGGCAAUAAACGGAGCUGUACAGAGUAGCAGACCUACAACAUCCGGGCAAUAGUCAGUCAGCUUGCGCAGAAACGGAAUGGCGGAGGUGGGUGUAAAGCAUCUGAACAUUAGCGCAGAGGUUGUGGCCUAGUGGACACUGGAUGACAAACAGCGAUGAAGGCCCGCAGCAGGAGGAGUGGAAGUCUUGACAGGACUUAGGAGGCGGAGGAGAAGCGCCCUGGCCCAUGAAGAUGGCAACGCAAUCCCAAACUGCCAGUGAGCUUCCCUUGGAGGAGCUGCUGGCUUUUUACGGCUACACAGUAUCAGAUCCAGAGAAGGACACCUGUCACAUGGCUGCCAGCCUGCCAGACAUGACACUGGACAAGGAUCAGAUAACUCAGGAUCUCUAUCCUGGGGAGGAGGAAGAAGAAUCAUCCGCUGAUGAUCUCACCCCCUCAGUCACCUCAAACACCUCAGAUCUGCUUCGCCGCCUCCAAGGUGGAGACAAAGACACAUUAGUCAGCUCAUCAGAUGAGGACUCUGAUGAUGCCUCUAUUCCCUCCAACGAAGAGCACAAGGAGAUCAUGAUUGGCUCCAUGUAUCAGGCAAAAAUCCCUCCAUUCAGCCCGUGCCCCUAUCAGGAGAGAGCCUACAGCAGUGAAGACCAGUUGCUCUGGAGGCCAGGGAUUCUCCCCGUGCAGGAGGUGGAGGAGUUCUUGCUAAAUGCUCACAGACCAUGUGGCCAUGAGGGGGCAGUAUGCACACAAGGGGCCACUGUUCAAGACAAUGAACAGGCACUGUAUGAAUUAGUGAAGUGCAACUUCAAUGCAGAAGAGGCACUGAGGCGAUUACAUUUCAAUGUGAAAGUGUUCACUGAAGAGCUGUGCUCCUGGAGUGAAGAGGAGUGUAGGAACUUUGAGCACGGAUAUCGAGUUUACGGGAAAAACUUCCACCUCAUUCAGGCUAAUAAGGUACGAACGCGCUCUGUGGGCGAGUGUGUGGAGUAUUACUACAUGUGGAAGAAGUCUGACCGACACAUGUACUUCACACAACAAGCCACCCGGCUGACCCGUAAGAAGUACAGCCUGCAAUCAGGGAGCAUGGAGGAUGGAGACCAGGAUGGGGAGGUUGGGGAGCUAGAGGGAAGUAACGGUUCCUCAGGGUUGUUGUCUCACAGCUCCGUGAGCUCUGGGCAGCUGGAGUCAACUUUACCUCCACAUUCGAGCACCGACCUGGAGAAGCAAGAUGGUGAGCUGCUGAUGGGGCUGUCAGAGCUGUGUGGUGAUGAAUGUCCUCAGCAGCUGUUUGGAUGUCCCUUCUCUCUCCCAUCCAUGGACGCCCUGCGGGAUCCUGGCUCAGACGGUUGUUGUCCCUCAGCUCCAGUACAGCUCCAGUCUCAGCCCUCUGCUCAGUGCUCCCCGUGGGCCUGCGGGAGCUCCCCAUCCCGCCAUGACGACCACAGCCUCCCGAACUCCUGUUUCUACCAACUUCACAUGCACGGUGGACCUUUUAUUUCUGAGGCCCCUGACUGUGGCGCAGUAGACGACGGGGCUGGCGCCCCUCUUAGGCUGCAGGUAGAAUUUAGCCUGCCAUCCGCCUCACCUUCCUCAUCUGCUGUCCUCCCGUCACACUUCCAGGCUUUUGGUAGCCUUCUGCACCCCUCCCCCGUCCAGCAUCCCUACUCUCUCACACAGUGAGGGGAAAAUCUAAACUGAGUGGUACUCUUUGUAAUUUGCCCUCCAUAGAGAUCUUUGAUUGGUGUUUAUUUUAUUCCAGGUUUAAAGAAAAAAAUGGAAAAGAAUUGACCUGUGCAGAGAAAAAAAAAAGAACUUAGUCCGCUGUGGGAUGAUGAGUGUAUUGAUCAGUACGUUCAGGCACUGAGUAAGUGUUUUUUAAUAGUUUUUGCAGCCCGUCUGAGGGCAGUUCUGUUGAUUGGUUACAGUGAUCACAUACCUGUGGAAGCACUGUGCAACUGAGGAGAGCUGCUGUCCGGUUUUCUUAAAACGGAUAAAUAAUUGACAGCAUUCUCCACUGUACCUUUGUUUUCUUAUCUGUCAGGAUGGAAAAGUUUGACUGCUGCUCAGAUAUUUCAAGGUUCUCACCACAAAAGCCAGUUGACACAUUUUCUUCAUAUCAGUCAGCGCUUUCGCUGCUGCGACCAUUUCGGUUCUGCACUCAUACCACAGUUUAUAUAAAUGUUGAUGGGGGGUCCUGCCUCAUCCACUUUGCCUGUUUGUAGAUUCAUUUUUUAAUCAAGGGUUUAGUUUGAAUAUGAAGACCUGGAACUGAAGAACAUUUUCUGAAUGUGGAACAGUGUAGGAGCACCGAUGCUUUUUCAGAUUUUUGUAUUUUUAUUUUGCUUCUGUGGAAGUCAUCCUUGACUUCUCCUGCAAAUUCAUAUAGAAAUCUCUAAAGGUGCAUUGCUUUGUUGUCAUUUUUGAUUACCAUUUUUACUGCGUUGAUUCAUCAGUAACAAGAAGAGGCUGUUUUACAUGCAAAAUAGGCUCCAGAGAAAUGCUAAGAAUGGUCACUGAAUGCAAACGUUUCUGGAGUUGUUAAAACUUGAUGAUCUCGUAGACCGUUAUCAGCACCUGAUCCUCUGAGAACAGGGACAGUCAGGCCUGAUGAUUGCGUUGGUUUAGCUUGUUGGUCUAAAGACAAUGACAGAUGUUGUGAUCCAAAGAUCCUCCUAACAUGGAAGUUCAGGCAGCCUCUGCUCUCCUUUGGAAGGUCCCUUCACUGAGUCGAGGCGUUCACAUCUGGUUUAGUUCUUUCUGCUUCUUUUAAAUUAUCGGAGACGCAUGGACUUGUUCCAGAAAGCGGGUAUACCUCAUAAGUUUGUUCAUCAACAUUGGAACAACAGAUCAUGACUGAAUGAAAAGGAGCUCUUUAAAAACCAGCAGCAAAGAAGCAACUGACAACCAAUGAGUCCAGAUAGUAGUGAACAUAGUUACAGUGGGAAUUCUUUGAGUGUAAGAAUGGGAGUACCAGUAAAUAUCAUUUGAUUAUUUAUAAUGUCAUAAGUGGUCUUUGGAUGAUCAUUAAAAUACUACUUUCCAUCCAUUUUCUUUGUAAAUCUUGAUUUAUGGUCUAAAAAUUGACAUGUUCCACAGAGAGAAAGGAUCUCGCCCCACUGUCUUCACUGUUUGUUUAGUCUUUGACUGUUUACAUGCGGGGGUGUUAAGGACGAGACCAUGAAGGCAUGAGCACUAGAAUGACUGCCUUUUGUCAAUUCUUAAAGUUUCUUUUGUUUUCUUUUAGCAAUUUCUAUAUUGUACUGCUUCUGUUAUGUUUCUAAUUAUUAUAUUUUGUAAAAAAAGAAAAUAAUUAAAUUGAACAAAGGAAAUAUUAAAAAGGAUUGCUGCUUGUA